AUGUCUCAGCAGCAAGGUUUGUCUCUUGAGCCGGAAUGGAACUUCCAACGACACAUUCAACUAAUGGCUGCGAGGUCAGGCUCAGACCACCUCUAUCCUCGGCCGGACUUGAACAACCUGUCCGAUUUCUUGAGAUCUGCGGGCAACUUGUUUGGAGAUUCAGCCUCGUCUCAACUCACAGCAUUAAAUGUGCCUUGGGACAUUAAGGACAGCUUUGUGGUCGUACACGAUUUGGAGACGGGCGAUUGCAGGCCGUUUGGGACGACCAAAAAGGAUGCCCGUACUUUUAGGGCCCAUGAUAGCCUUACCCGUCCGUCGCUCGUCUUUUUACGAGGUUACGCAUCACCACACUGGUUGAACCUUAUCGGGCAAAAGCAUGGCGUAAGCCCAGAGCUUUAUCAACGGCAUCUGGACUAUGAUGCCUUUAGCUCAUCGGGGAGGGACUUGCACCUCGCCGGGCUUGCCGUCUUCCUCUACCCCUCAUACGAACCAGAGGAUCUGCAAAGCGCACGGCAGCAGCAGUUGGAAGACAUGAAAGCGUACUUUAGACAUCUGCGAGGGCAGGCCAAUCUGGUGCAUUCGGUAGUCCGCAGAUGUCUCCUUCUAAGCAAGCAGGUGUAUGUCGUGGAGCAGAGAGCGUCCGUGGAGGUUGCUAGCUGUGGAGAUAGCUGGCGAGCCAUAAUAUGGCUGGACAAUGGAAGAGAUCUUUCUGAGAGCGUUGCUGGGCCAUGGCUUCCAUACCAGGCCAGGUUGGCCUGA